AUGAGAAGAGAUGAUAAUCUAGAAGCAAGAAGAGAUGAUAAUCUAGAAGCAAGAAGAGAUGAUAAUCUAGAAGCAAGAAGUGAUGAUAAUCUAGAAACAAGAAGAGAUGAUAAUCUAGAAGCAAGAAGUGAUAAUAAUCUAGAGGCAAGAAGAAAUAAUAAUCUAGAAGCAAGAAGUGAUGAUAAUCUAGAAGCAAGAAGAGAUGAUAAUCUACAUACAAAAAGAAAUGAUAAUCUAGAAGCAAGAAUUGAUGAUAAUCUAGAGAAAAGAAGUGAUGAUAAUCUAGAAGCAAGAAGUGAUGAUAAUCUACAAACAAAAAGAAAUGAUAAUCUAGAAGCAAGAAAUGAUGAUAAUCUAGAGAAAAGAAGUGAUGAUAAUCUAGAAGCAAGAAGUGAUGAUAAUCUACAGACAAAAAGAAAUGAUAAUCUAGAAGCAAGAAAUGAUGAUAAUCUAGAGAAAAGAAGUGAUGAUAAUCUAGAAGCAAGAAGUGAUGAUAAUCUACAGACAAAAAGAAAUGAUAAUCUAGAAGCAAGAAGUGAUGAUAAUCUAGAGGCAUGA